AUGGCUUCAUCUUGUUCUACGAAUAAAGCCCUUUUGGUCGGCCUACUGACAGGCUCUGCUUUGACUGUAUUAGCUACUGGAUUGUUCUCUUAUUUGGCACAUGACAAGAUAACAACAAACGCAGAACAAGAAGAGGAGAAAGAGCAAGUUCCUGAUGAUAUGCAACCAGACAUUGUAGAAGGUGUAGAUGGAUUGAUAGGCAAUACCCCUCUGAUGAAGAUUCGUAGCCUUUCAGAAGCAACUGGAUGUCUUGUGUUGGGCAAAGCAGAGUUCUUGAACCCAGGAGGCAGCUCCAAAGACAGAGUGGCACUCAACAUGAUCAGAACAGCCGAGGCCCAACAUCUUAUCAAACCUCACACUGGCAGCACAAUUUUCGAAGGUACUGUUGGAUCUACCGGUAUCUCUAUUGCUAUGAUUGCUCGUGCCAAGGGCUACAAAGCAUGGAUUGUCAUGCCAGAUGAUCAAGCCAUCGAGAAAUACCAGCUUUUGGAGAAAUUAGGAGCCACUGUAGAAAAAGUACGGCCUGUUAGCAUCAUUGACAAGAAGCAGUUUGUCAAUUUGGCCAGAGAGAGAGCAGCAACCUUCCAUGACGGCGAGGCUACUGGUUACUUUGCAGAUCAAUUCGAGAAUGAAGCCAAUUUCAAAGCACAUUACACAUUUACUGGACCAGAGAUUUACAGACAAACUGCGGGCAAGAUUGACGCUUUGGUUUUGGGGGCUGGUACAGGUGGAACUCUGUCUGGCAUUACCUGCUUCCUAAAGGAACACAUCAAGGACAUGAAGGUCUUUUUAGCGGAUCCCCAAGGAUCUGGGCUAUACAACAAGGUGAAAUACAACGUUAUGUACGCACCUACAGAGCAAGAAGGUACUCGCAAGAGACAUCAAGUGGAUACAGUGGUGGAGGGUAUCGGUAUCAACAGAUUGACACAAAACUUUGACCGUGGAAGACAUUUAGUAGACGAUGCUUACCGUGUGACAGAUGAAGAGGCUAUCAAAAUGUCUCGCUACCUUGUGCGUGAGGAUGGCUUGUUUGUUGGAAGCAGUUCGUCUGUCAACUGUGUGGCAGCUUACAGAGCAGCCAAGCGAUUGGGACCUGGCCAUGUCAUUGUCACCUUGUUGAAUGACUCUGGACAACGCCAUCUGACUAAAUUUUGGAGCGACGAGUACCUGAAAGCACAAAACAUCUACUACGAACUGAAACCAGAGGAAACCGUGCGAGACUUUGUCAAAUAA